CUCGGUUCCUUUUAGAUCUUUCUUUAUCCCUCUUUUUAUUUUUACUUUUUCUCUUUCCUCUCAUUUACUCUCAUUUAAAUAGACAUAGACGAAAUAAUAUCGAAAAUGGUUUGGAAAAUUGCUCUUGUUUCAGCUGCUGCCUUAGCCAGUGUUAACGCCGUUACCACCAACUACACCAGUACCACCGAUCCCACCAAUAUCACUAUCCCUGCAAUCCCUCAAACUACCUCUCUCGACCCCGCCACUGAAUGUACUUACUACAAUUCUCCCUACAGCAUUGCCCCCACUGAAUGGCCUUCUACCUGGACUAUUGCUACCUCCAAUGGCAUGAACACCUCUGCCGAAUUCCAAGCUUUGUACAACUCCAUCGACUGGACCAAGGCUCCUAACAUCUCUGUUAGAAAGCUCUCUGCUGCUGGUGGUCUUGACAUGACUGGUUACGAUGCUGCCUCUGAUCCUGACUGUUGGUGGUCUACCUCUCAAUGUAAGACUCCCAAGCUCCAAGGCGUCAACGCUGAUCUUUACGCUUGUCCCGAACCUGAUGUCUGGGGCUUGACUUUCGAUGAUGGUCCUAACUGUUCUCACAAUGCUUUCUACGACUACCUUGAACAACAAAAGUUGAAGGCUUCCAUGUUCUACAUUGGUUCCAAUGUCGUCAACUGGCCCUAUGGUGCUCUUCGUGGUGUCAAGGAUGGUCACCACAUCGCUGGUCACACCUGGUCUCACCAAUUGAUGACUACCUUGACCAACCAAGAAGUUCUUGCUGAACUUUACUACACUCAAAAGGCUAUCAAGCAUGUUACUGGUCUUACCCCCAAGUACUGGCGUCCUGCUCAAGGUGAUUUGGAUGACCGUGUUCGUUGGAUCGCUACUCAAUUGAACUUGACUGCCAUUAUCUGGAACUUGGAUACUGAUGACUGGGCUGCUAACACUGUUGCUGGUGUUACUGAACAAACUGUGAAUAACAACUACCAAAACUUCAUCAAUAUGGGUGCUAACGGUACUUUCAGCCAAAGCGGUAACAUUGUCUUGUCUCACGAAAUUAACAACAUGACCAUGGAUUUCUUCAUCAAGCACUACCCUGACAUCAAGAAGUCUUACAAGCACGUUUUGGAUGUUGCCACCUGUAUGAACAUUACCAACCCUUAUGCUGAAACCUCUGUCACUUUCCCUACUUUUGAACAAGCUGUCGGUGGUGCUUCCUCUGGUGCUGCUUCUGGCCAAGCCUCUACUGCUCCUGCUGCUACUGCCAAUGCUUCCAAGGCUUCUGCUACUAGCGCCGGUAAUACUGCUUACAUCUUCAACGGUCCUCUCUUCAUUGCUGCCCUCUUUGGUCUUUUAGUCCUUGCUUAAAUUAUAUAAUGUAUUAAAUAUAUAAUACUAUUACCCAUCUAUAAAUUAUAAUUUAUUGAGAAUUACAUCAAAAAAGUAAAAUUAUUCCCUCUUUGUCUAUUAAAACAGUCUAUUAUAAGACCAUUU